CACGCGCGACUCGCGAGUGAAGUCUCAAGGGUCUGAAGUAGGCAAAGAGAAAGACGGAAGACACACGCGAUCGAGCGUGCGUGUCGAACGAUUCGAUACGCACAGUGCGAUUUGUAACUUCCGCGUGAUUUACUCGCGACGAUAAGUGUCGGACGAUACUUUUGCAGGCAUUAACUUGGUUACGCGUGUUUAAACACAAUUAACUAAAGAUGUCUGGAAGUAAGUGUCGGAAAUGCGGAUCUACCAAUAUUGAGACCGAUCCAGGACGUGGUGACGCAAUUUGCAUAGAAUGUGGUUUUGUACUAGAGGAUUCAGUUAUUAUUAGUCAAACAACUUUCGAGGAGUCGUCGUCUGGUAAAGUAAUGGUACUUGGGCACUUUGUCCCUAACGAUAGCACGGGUAGCGCUACAAAUUUUGGUGCAUCUUGUUACGUUAAUGGGAAAGAAUCUAGAGGAAUUACUAUACAAAACGCACGGAAAGGCAUAACGCAUCUUUGCCUACAAUUAGGCCUGGGUCAAAAUUACAUCGAUACAUCUGUCAACUUUUAUAAAAUGGCUCUGCAUCAACACUUGACUCGUGGAAGGAAGCAAGCUCACAACCAGGCUGCCUGUGUAUAUAUUACCUGCCGCAUGGAGAAAUCUGAACAUUUGCUCAUCGACAUCAGUGAUAUUCUCCAUAUCUGCGUUCACGAACUCGGACGGACAUAUCUGCGAUUUACCCAAGCUCUGUGUAUCAACAUACCAGCAGUGGAUCCUUGUUUAUACAUCUUGAGGUUUGCGCACAAGCUCGAGUUUGGUGAAAAAACUCACUCCGUGUCGAUGACGGCUUUAAGAGUCGUUCAAAGAAUGAAGAGGGAUAGUAUUCAUAGCGGCCGUAGGCCCUCGGGCCUAUGUGGCGCAGCAUUAUUAAUAGCUGCGCGGUUACAUGAAUUCAACAGAUCAACCGCUGACAUUAUAAAAAUUGUCAAGGUACACGAAUCUACCCUACGCAAAAGAUUGAUGGAAUUUGGUGAUACACCAUCUAGUGCUUUGACGUUGGAUGAAUUUAUGACAGUCGAGCUGGAGGAGGAACAAGAUCCUCCAGCGUUUAAAGCAGCCCGUAAAAAGGAUAGGGAACGUUUACAAAGAUUGGAAAACAUAGAUACGGAAAUAAAUGAGCUACAAGCGGAGAUUGAUAGGCAAUUGGAAGACUAUAGAAUAGGGAAAGUAAAAAAGCGGAAAGAUGCAUUUUCCAUAGAGAGCGAGGACACGGAUAGAUUUAUUCGAGAAAGUAAUUUCAGUGUAAUCCAACGAUAUGUCGAAAAUAAUAUUGACGAUCCCGAUGAAAAAGUUCGAAAUGAUGUUUUAGAUGAAAAUAAUACCCCACUUAUAACUGGAUUAGGUCCCGAUAUAGCAUCUAUGAUAGGUGCGAGUAACCAUUCGAAUGAACCCAGCAAGGAGAAUAGUAACUUUGAAAAUUUUUCUGAAGGAAUCAUCACAAAUGAUAUCGAUGAUGAGGAAUUGGACAGCUAUAUACUUUCGGAAAAAGAAUCGCAAUCUAAAUCCGCCCUUUGGAAUAAAGUAAAUGCCGAGUAUCUUGUGCAACAAAAAGAAAAAGAAGAAAAACGUUUAAAGGAAAAAGAAGAAGGUAAACCUGAGAAAAAAAGAAGAAGAACGACUUCGAAGAAACAUAAAACUCCCGCGAAUACUGCGGGCGAAGCAAUCGAGAAAAUGCUGCUUGAGAAGAAAAUAUCUUCCAAGAUUAAUUACGAAGUGUUGAAAAAUAUAAACGAAGAAGACCAAAACAAGCAAGAGUUACCCGUCACGGUCGCGACGGAAUUAGACACGAUAAGCUUUAAGAAACCGGUAACAGUUAAUUCUACACUAAAGUCUGCAGAAGCUUUGUUGACAAAGAAAUACCGUUCUAUUAAGCCAAACACUCAACAGUUAAAGAAAACGUUGGAUAAAGAGUUAUAUGGUAAAACACCCGGAAGAGAGGACGAAGAAUUUACGAAGAAGGAAAUCAGUCCAGUGGAAACGGACACACCUGUAGUGGAUACAUCUGAAAUUGUAUAUGACAAUGAUAAUGACAUUGAUAAUGACAAUGACGAUUACAUUGAUGAAGAAGGACCUGAUGCUACGGAAAUGUCACUUGGUCAGAUGCUCGAGUCUCGUGCAACAUCCGAGAGCGAAUUUUGCGAUGAUGGUUAUGAUUACGAAUAAAACAAACCUAAAUAUUUACAUAUAUUUUUUUAAUUUUAUUAUUAUUUAUUAUUAUUCUAAUAAAAGUAAAUUUGGUAGAAAAAUGUUAUCGUGCAAUCGAAAGACUUUUUGUUUAAUGAUAAUCUUGUUAUAUAACAAUACAAAUCGUUUAACUGCUUUAUAUCUUAUUAAGUUUUUUUCGUGUUGAAAUUUUCUCUCGUUACAUAUCGCACAGUAGCAUGCGUGCGCUCAAUGUCGUUGCCUAUAAAAUAUCGCGUUCGCGGCUUGAGAGGCGACUCGGACAACGGGAAAGAAAAGAAUCGUGGCAUCUGAAAAGUGUAACAACAGAUUAAUCAAGUUACGUAUGAGAGAUAAGAUCCUAAAAUAAUGUUUUAAUUUGAAGUUGAGCCGUAUAGAAUUUUAAGAGACAUUGUUUCGUGCAAUAUCGAUUCUUCACAUAUUUGUUCUAAUACUCUUGUAUACAUAUUGAUUGAGAAAAUUUAUCACAUACCUUUAUGUCUACCGUAAGAUCAAGAAACAAACAAUCCCACAAUAUAAAUAAUAUUACGUAUUGCGUUGCGAUAAUGCGCGAUUCUUCUAUUUCUCGGCGAUCAAUAAAGCACUACGAUUGAAGGU